AUGGUCUAUUGGUGGCCUGUGACUAUAAUCGGUGUGGAGAGCAGUCCUGUUUUUACAGUGGAAAAGAGCAAUUGCAUGAGUUGGGGAAAAGGACUGGCUGCUUCUGACUUUGCCUGCUUGCAGCCUAUUUCUGGCCUUGCUGAAGGGGACAGUCAAAGGGGAAAAAGAAAAACUAGUGAGCAGGCAGUUGUGUUGGAUUCUAACACCUUAUCCGAGAGACAAAAGAGAAUGGUGUGCUUUGGUGACCAGUCUUUCGAAGAGGACUUGGAAUGGUCUGAGCCUCAGAUAAAAGACUCUGGGGUAGAUACGUGUAGUAGCACAACUCUAAACGAGGAGCAUAGCCAUAGCGAGAAGCAUCCAGUAACUUGGCAACCGUCCAAAGAUGGAGACCGUCUCAUUGGUCGGAUUUUAUUAAAUAAGCGGCUAAAAGAUGGAAGUGUGCCGAGAGACUCAGGAGCAAUGCUUGGAUUGAAGGUAGUAGGAGGAAAGAUGACUGAAUCAGGUCGACUCUGUGCAUUUAUCACCAAAGUUAAAAAAGGAAGCUUAGCUGAUACCGUGGGCCAUCUUAGACCAGGUGAUGAAGUGCUAGAAUGGAAUGGAAGGUUACUACAAGGAGCUACCUUUGAGGAGGUAUAUAACAUCAUUUUAGAGUCCAAACCUGAGCCACAAGUGGAGCUUGUUGUUUCAAGACCAAUUGGGGAUAUUCCCAGAAUACCUGACAGCACACAUGCACAGCUGGAGUCCAGUUCUAGUUCCUUUGAAUCUCAGAAAAUGGACCGACCUUCUAUUUCAGUGACCUCUCCUAUGAGUCCUGGCAUGUUAAGGGACGUUCCACAGUUCUUGUCUGGACAACUUUCAAGCCAAAGCCUUAGUAGAAGAACAACGCCUUUUGUUCCUAGGGUUCAGAUAAAACUGUGGUAUGACAAGGUUGGUCAUCAGUUAAUAGUGACAAUACUGGGAGCAAAGGAUCUUCCUUCAAGGGAAGAUGGGAGGCCAAGGAAUCCUUAUGUUAAAAUUUACUUUCUUCCAGACAGAAGUGAUAAAAAUAAAAGAAGAACAAAAACAGUAAAGAAAACAUUGGAACCCAAGUGGAACCAGACAUUCAUUUAUUCUCCAGUUCAUCGGAGAGAGUUUAGAGAACGAAUGUUAGAAAUUACCCUUUGGGACCAAGCACGAGUUCGGGAGGAAGAAAGUGAAUUUUUAGGAGAGAUUCUUAUUGAGUUAGAGACAGCACUACUAGAUGAUGAACCUCACUGGUACAAACUUCAAACACAUGAUGUCUCUUCAUUGCCACUUCCCCAUCCCUCACCAUAUUUGCCACGAAGACAACUCCAUGGCGAGAGUCCCACGCGGAGGUUACAAAAUAAAGGCUUAUAUUCAUAUAAUUCAGGGUCUAAAAGAAUCAGUGACAGUGAAGUCUCUGAUUAUGACUGUGAUGAUGGAAUUGGUGUGGUUUCAGAUUAUCGACAUAAUGGAAGAGAUCUCCAAAGUUCAACGCUAUCAGUGCCAGAACAAGUUAUGUCAUCUAAUCAUUGCUCUCGAUCAGGAUCCCCUCACCGUGGAGAUAGUAUAGGACGGACAAGAUCGUGGUCUCCCAGUGUCCCUCCCCCACAAAGUCGGAAUGUGGAUCAGGGACCAAGAGGGACACGAUCUACCGCUGCACAUUACAAUACCCUGAACCGAAUGGAAAGACAUCGUGCAAUAGAUGACCACUACUCCCCGGACAGAGAGAGGAGGAGUAGGCAUGAGAGAAGAGUGCCUAAUACAUAUUACGAUGACACAACCUAUACUCCUGAAAGGUGGUACAAUGGUGCAAGUUCAUGGGCAGAUCAUAUAGUCAAUGGUUCAGCUGAAAAUUAUGGGAAUUGUGAAGCAGCAGAUAGACAGCCAUAUCAAAGAUCCAGAUCAACAGAGCAACGUCCUAUGCUAGAGCAGACCAACUCCCGCUCCCGAUCCACAGAGCGUCCUGACUCAAACCUCAUCAGGUCGAUGCCUUCAUUAAUGACUGGAAGAUCUGCCCCUCCUUCACCUGCCUUACCGAGGUCACAUCCUCGAACUGGGUCUGUUCAGACAAGUCCAUCAAGUACUCCAGUAGUAGGAAGAAGGGGCAGGCAGUUACCACAGCUCCCACCAAAAGGGACGUUGGAGAGAAACAAUGGAGACAAGGAGAUAGAACCUUAUGAAGGUCUGUACGUAAAGGAGGGUUCGUUUUUCACCCGAAAGCCUUUUUGA